CUUCCCUUUCUUUCCCACUGUGCCUCCCUCGUAAGGCUGCUUAGUCUGUUUUGGGAGAAAGCGAUCCAUGUUUUAUGGAGCUUCAAGGAAUUGUCAAAGCUUUCCCUAAAAGGAAGAAGAUCAAAGAUGAUUCACAGAAGGUGGGCCCCGCAAAAGUCUUGAAAGCAGAAGAAACUAGAAACGGGCAUUCAGGAUGGUUGGAACCUGUUGUGGCCUAUGUACUGCAAGCAGGAAUGGGCCAGGCCAGGGCUGAGAUCUUUCGUAAGCAGAUCUUUCAUAAUGGAGGGCGAGUGUGCAGCCAGCUUUCCUCAGACAUAACACAUGUUAUAUUAGAUGAAGGCAUGGAUUGUGACAGGGCCUUCCGGCUCCUGAAACUAGCCAAGUUACCCCGAGGACUGCAACUGGUGAAGGCUUCCUGGCUGAGUACAUGUGUGGCAGAGCAGAAGAUGUUGAGCACAACUGGCUACAGUCUCUUCAUCCCAGACAGGUACCUGGAUGUGGCAGACCUUUCAAAGAGACAAUCACAGUUUCUGGAUGAGGAGAAGAUCCAGUCCCAGACGGAUGGUGCAGUCCAGGAGAUUAAGGCUGAAUUACAGACAGGGCUCAGCUCUACUUGCAGUGCAACCAAUUCCACAGGACAGUGGGAAGCCAAAGGGGCAGGCCUUUGCACACUGAGGGUCUCUGAUGAAGAGGGAAGUGAAGGGGAAGAUCCUGAGGUCACUCGAGGAGAGCUGGAGGCAUUGAGGUCAGGCCGAGACCUGCACAUUUCUUCUGGAGAAUCCUCAGUUACGUUUCCCACUGGCAAGUGGAUUUGUGCUCAGUCCUCUGAACGCAAGAAGAUUAAUCAGAAUCAGUGCAUUACGGAGAAGCUGGAGGUGCUGGCAAAAGCCUACUCGGUCCAGGGAGACAAGUGGCGGGCUCUAGGUUACUCCAAAGCCAUCAAUGCACUCAAGAGCUACCCAAAGCCAGUCACUUCCUACCAGGAAGCCUGUAAGAUUCCUGGCAUUGGGAAGCAGAUGGCAGAGAAGAUUAUGGAGAUCCUGGAGAGUGGGCACCUACGCAAGCUGGACCACAUAAACGAGAAUGUGUCAGUACUGGAAGUAUUUUCCAACAUCUGGGGAGCAGGAGUCAAGACAGCUCAGCUAUGGUACCAGCAGGGUUUUCGCACUCUGGAUGACAUCCGCACAAAGGCCUCUCUCACCAGCCAGCAGGCCAUUGGCCUGAAGCACUACAAUGACUUCUUGGAGCGCAUGCCACGGGAAGAAGCUGCAGAAAUUGAGCAGACUGUCAGAGAAGCUGCCAGGUCUAUCAAUCCUGGACUGGUGUGCAUGGCGUGUGGCUCAUUCCGACGGGGCAAGUCCACCUGUGGUGACGUGGAUGUGUUAGUGACCCACCCAGAUGGACACUCUCACCAAGGAGUAUUCAGCAAGCUGCUCAACAGCCUCCGGAAAACUGGGUUUCUUACAGAUGACUUGGUGAGCCAAGAGGACAAUGGCAACCAGAAGAAGUACUUGGGAGUCUGCCGCCUGCCAGGCCCGGACUGUUGCCACCGGCGUCUUGACAUCAUUGUGGUACCCUACAGUGAGUUUGCGUGUGCCCUGCUGUACUUCACGGGGUCGGCCCACUUCAACCGCUCCAUGCGGGCUCUGGCCAAGACCAAGGGCAUGAGUCUAUCUGAGCAUGCCCUCAGCAGCGGUGUGACGCGAGGACCUGGUGGCCUCAAAACAGUGUCUGGCGUUAUUCUACCUACUGUCACGGAGAAGGAUGUGUUCGUGCAUUUGGGGCUGCCUUAUCGAGAACCACACGAGAGGGACUGGUGAUGGAAGGAAGCGGUGGGUUUGCUCAGCUGGUUUCCCUACUGAACACUUGUAUGUACUCAAGCCAAACAGCAGACUCUGCUCUUGGCACAGAGUUUUUUUCUCUGGGGAAUGCCCAGGGUUCCGAAUGUAUUUAACUGACUUUGAUAGAUUGUACUGAGAGGUCACUAAUGUCACUGCAGUAAACUGGUAUGAAUGAAUGAAUGAGAAAAUGAAUGAGAAAAUGAAACAUUUUUUGCACACUGGAAAUGUCUAAUAGGAAGAAGGCUUGAGCACAUAGAUGUUAAAGAAUAUAUUUAAAGGCAUUUUGCAAAAGUGUCGUCAUUACUGUGAAGACUGCUAAUAUCUCCUCGUGGGAGAGGUUGCUUUCCUAAGGAAGGAUGCCAAGGGUCUGUUGUCAACAUAGUUCCCAUUUUUGGCUGGGAGCUAUCUUGUCCCUCAUCCAAACUGUGUUUCAAAGUAUUCAGACAACUGAAGACUGGCCAGGUGGUAAUACCGUCCCGCCACUGGUGUAGGCAUGUUUAUUUGCAUAAUAUAUACUUACCAUAGAAAUGGAUAUCAUAGCAGGAUUUGGAACUGCCUUAUGAGUAUGUCCACAAGGAGGGUAAAGGCACGUGUUGCAGCUGGGCCAGUUAGGACAAAGUGAUUAGGAAGGUGAUUUCUUAACACUAUGAAGAACUGGCAGUGGGACACUCAGACAUGUGGCUCAGACAUGUACUUACACUACUGAGACUUGUCCAAGUAUUGCCCACACACUUCCAAGCCUGUCCUCACUACCCAGAGGGCUAGGACAGUGAUGGCGAACCUUUUAGAGACCGAGUGCCCAAACUGCGACCCAAA